UCUUCCUUUCGGAACUGUUGCCUUUUCUGAUGACAAAAUCGCGCGGCGCGUGUGUUCAUCUGCGCUGACACACGAAUGUAGAUCGGUGAAAUUGUCCCACGAACAAGCAACAAAAGAAUAAACUAACACGACAGAUCUUGAGGAGAAGCAACAGCUUCUGUCCCUCAAAAUGAGUGACGACACGGACUCCCCCCCUGAGAGGGAAAUGAAGGACUUUCAGUUUCGUCAGAUGAAGAAAACCAGAGUCUUUGACCCUGCUGAAGAUCUGCCGAGAGAACGAAGUAGUCUGCUCACCAUCUCAAACAAAUUUGGUUUAACUUUUGUGGGGCUCAACAAAACAUUCAAAGUUUACCAAACCCGAGACAUUCUGACUGCUAAUGCAUUUGACGGCAAAGCCAACGAAAUCGUUGAGGGGACACCAGCUUUGGCCGAGGUGACGGUGGACCUGACUCUGCACCACUUGGCUCUCAGUUGUGAUGAGCUUACUUUGUCGGUAUGCGGCGUGUCUGCGGGGACGGCUUUGUCCAUCACGUUCUAUGACGUCCGCACCUUCGUGAACAAGGCACGACCACAAAAGCUUCCUUUCGCAUCACUGUUGCCAGCAGUUCCCCCCGGCGCCGUAGUGCUGGACCUGAAGUGGAAUCCUGGACAUGCAUCCAUGUUGGCUGUCUGUCUGUCUGACGGGCGCAUGAUGAUUUUGGAUGUUACUGACACCGUCAGGGUGCAGGCCGAGCUACCAGCUUCGAAUGGCAUCACAUGUAUUUGCUGGAGUCCGAAGGGAAAACAAGUUGCCGCUGGAAAAAUGGAUUCCACAUUCAGUCAGUAUACACCAGCUCUGGAAGAAAAAAAAAGGGUCCCUUGUCCACACUUCUACACCUCUGACCAACCUGUCAAAGUUCUGGAUGUGCUGUGGCUGAGAACGUUUGUGUUUGCAGUGGUAUAUGCUGCUGCAGAUGGGUCCCUGGAGACCCCUCCUGAGCUAGUGUUGAUAUCCCUUCCUAAAAAGGAUGAGAAGGUGGACACAAAGUAUCUGAACUUCAGUGAAACGGUGUACGGCAGCUGCACUGAGCGACAGCACCACUACUUUCUCAACCAUGUUGAGGACUGGGACGUUGUGUUUGCUGCUUCUGCGGCAGCCAUUGAAGUCAGCGUCAUAGCUGCCAGACCGGAGGACAAGACCUGGGAGCUGUGGAUCUUGGAAGACGCAAGUAGGGCUGAGCUUCCAGUGACUGAGACGAAUGAAGACACUCUGCCCCUUGGCUUAGCCAUAGACUACACCAGCCAGCAGGAGAUCCACAUCACUGACGAGAAGACCGUGCCUCCAGCGCCCACGAUGCUGAUGCUUUCCACCGAGGGACUGCUCUGCCCAUUCGCUCUGCUCAACCUCAAUCCCGGGGUGAAGCAACUGGUCUCUGCACCCACCGUCCUCGCCUUGGAGGGGGAGAGAGCGCCAAAGCCAGGUUCUCUGGCAGCCCAACCAGCCAAAAUGCCUGCCUCAUUCCCAUCUGCCCUGGCGACAUUCCCGACCAUUGGUCUCGCUCCAGCCGCUGCUUCCACCCCCGCGGCGCACGCCGUGUCCUCCUUCGCUGCCCCGUUCAGCGCCGCUCCCGCAGCUCCUGCGUCCUCCGUGGCACCGUCGUCGAGCUUCAGUUUCUCUGUGCCGACGACAUGCGCCACCUCCGGCCCUGCGCCUUUCUCCAUGGCCGUACCCACGUCGUUUGGUUCAGGGGGUUUUGGCCUUUCCUUUACCUCCAAGGCUCCCUCGGACGCUCCUUCGGCGUUUUCUUUUACCCCUUCGGUCAAACCCUCCGCGCUGGCAGCACCAGUUGCCGCUCAGACACCCCAGAGCAUCGCCGCUGCCUCCCCAUCAGCAGUAAAACUUAAUCUAAAUGAGAGGUUUUCAGCACUGGAGACCCCGGCACAGUCCCCACAGUCCUUCUCCUUCCAGUCCUCGAUGCCCAAACUGGUCGCUCCCACCUCCGCCCCUCCACCCUCGUACACUAAGACACCUGCUGUGUUGCCUCCAGUGCGUCCGGUUCAAACCAGCACACCAGCCACCGUCGUCCAGAAACCUGCUCCUGCUCCCCAGCCCCGUGUCCAGACUCCACAGGCCUCUGUUAGUGUGAAGGCCCUGGAGAAGCAACUACAGCAAAAGAAAGACGCUGACCCCAUUAUGGCUGGUAUAUUGGAGGAGAUUGCACACUUCCAGAAGGAGUUGGAUGAUCUCAAGGCACGAAGCGCAAGAGCUGACUUCAAGGUCGGCACCAUUGACGAGAUGAAGGAGCUGCGGAAGGAGUCAGAGGACUUCCAUAUUUUCACCCUGGAGAUUAAGGAAACAACUGAGUCUCUCCACGGGGACAUCGGCACACUGAAGACUACUUUGCUGGAGGGCUUUGCCGGGGCAGAAGAAGCCAAAGCCCAGAGCGAGCUGAGCAGAGACAGAAAUUACAGACAGCUGCUGUACAAAAAACCUCUGGACCCCCGCAGCGAGGAACAUCUCAAGGAGAUUCGCAGGCUCUACCAGUAUGUCACGUUUGCUGUGGAAGAUGUCAACGACGUGUUGGAUGUGGAGUGGGAGAAACACCUUGAGAAGAAGAAAAAGCAGAAACACAUGGCUGUGCCGGGGCGGGAGGGUCUGUUCACCACCCUGGCCAACAACCUUUACAUCAUCAACCAGCAGAAGAACCGAGUGGAGCAGUUGGUUAAGCAGCUCACCUCGCUGCGCCUCUACAACAAAGCCGCCGCCCCAACCAUCACCCGCAGCGCUGCUGCUGCUGCUACCGGGACCUCUGCUGGUUUGGAGAGCGAGCUUGAGAGCUUACGGGACGCACUGCUGAACGCAAGGCUGGACACCAGCCCGCUCAAAACCAAAUCCAAGUCUCCAGUCAAGUUCUCACCGAUGAAACAGUCCCAGCUGCGUAACUUCCUCUCAAAAGGACAGAUGCCUCCCGUCCGCUCAACUGCACCAGCCAACCUGUCUCGCUCGGCCUUCCUUUCCCCAAAAUACUACGAGGACUUGGACGAUGUGAGCUCUUCGUCCUCGCUGUCCCAAUUGGAGCCUCACCCGGCGGACUUGGAGGAGGAAGAGGAGGAGCUACUGCCGGAGCCCCUUCCGGUCAUCCUUCCGUCCUUUUCUGGCCCCCGUCACCCCACAGUUGUGAGGACCCCCUCUAUCCACCCCGGCUUCGGUGCCAUCCAGUCAACCCCUUUAGCAAAAAUUCCCUCAGUGCAGGGCAUUGGCUUUGGACUCAGCCCCAUUGCCAGCCCUGUUCCAGCCAAUAAGAUCAGCCUCUGUGGGGCCGACAGCACGGCUCUCGCCACAAAGACGGUAAAACAUGGAGCCCCGUCGACCGAGAGGAGCGUCCCCGUCACCAUCCCCGCCCAGCAGGCGGCGGCCACGGCUGCUUUGCGUCGGCAGCUGGCCAAUCAGAAGACAGCUGUGGUCAGUACUUCCUUGACAGAGUCCACCCUGAAGACUGUACCUCAGGUGGUCAAUGUCCAGGAGCUUAAGGACAAGGGGCCUCCUAAGUCGGUUUCCAAUAUGGUCAGCUCAUCAACACCAGAUCCAGCAACUCCCGUCUUUCCAACAGUUUCGUCCAACCAGGCCAAACGUAAUUCUUCUCAAGGUAUCCAGAAGAUGUCCUCUGAAGGAACAACCACGGCACCGCCGGGCUUCCUCUUUGGUCAAUCGUCCUUAACUGAGGUUUCCGGGCCUUCUGCUUUCUCAGCCGAGCAAAGCACCAGCAAAAGUUUCUCGUUUGCGUCAGGGUCUUCAAGCUUCAGUUUUGCUUCUGUAACUCAGGGAGCUGGAAUGUCACAAGCGAAAGACGUUGCUAAAUUCUCCUUUGGUGGAAAUGGCAAGAUUUUGUUUGCCCAAAGUGGAGAAGAGCCAUUCGCCCUCACCCCAAAAUCCGUGUCCCCUGCCCUCGGCGGCGGGUCCCCCACCCUGCCUCUGAACGCCUCGGGGGACAAGCCGGCCUCUGCCCUCAGGUUAGAGCCACAGCCCCUCAAGACCGUUGGCGGAGAGACUCUGGGCAGCUUCUCCGGGCUGCGCGUGGGCCACGGAGAGGAGGGUAAAGAUUCUGCCGCCAAACCGGCCGCCGGCACGUUUGCCUUCGGGGACCUCGGCGCGGGGAAGGGCGCCCCGCAGUUUAGCUUCGCUUCCGCUGCCCCGAAGGCCGCCGACGAUUCGACGGCGGCAGACUUGUCCCGGGGGGCCGCCGCCUCGGGCAGUUUGUUCAAGCCCCCCGAACCGAACCCCAAGCAGGCCUUCUCCGUUCCCCAGUCGUCCGGCUCGGCGGCCUCGGCUUUCGGUAGCCUCCUCGCGGCGUCUCCGGACUCCUCCGAGGAAACCAAAGCGCCCGCGCAACCCGCCAAGCCCACGCCGCCCCCCGAAAAACAACCCGCCGCCGCACCGGCUGUAGAGAGCGCCGGCCCCCCUGCGAUGCCCGAGCCUGCGGCGGCGGACUCGACGGAAACCCCGGCGGCUGCGGCGUCAGCACCCGCACCUCCUUUGGCCACGACCGGCCCUCCCGCCAACCUCCCCUCCUCCACCACUGCACCGACCGAGGCGGCCGCUCCAGCACUGGCCGGUGCGCCUCCCGCAGUAGAACCCACGCCGGACAGCGCCGCCACCCCCGUCGCUUUUGUGCCCGCCGCCGCCGCCGCCGCUGCUGCAGCCCCCGUCCCCCAGGUCGCGCCAGCAGCAUUCCAGCUGCCCGGUUCUGACAAACCGGGUUCCAUUUUCGCUCAACCUGCUCUCCCAACAACAGACAGCAGUUCCCUCGGCAUCAUCCCGGUGAUCAGCACCUCGCCCGCCGCAGCCACCACACCCAGUCUGACCGUUAACAGCGCCACAACCGCAGCUGGGGGGACUGUGUUUGGGCAACCCGCCGCUCCUCCGGCCCCCGCAGCGCCAGCCGCCCCAGCGUCCACCGGCUUUGGCUCCGCUGCCUUCGGUACGCCAGCCGGAACCGGUUUUGGCAAGUCCAUGUUCGGCCAGGCGGGCGGCUUUGGUCAACCCGCCAGCAGCGCCGAAGCGCCCGGCGGCUUUUCUUUCGGCCAGUCGGCAUUCGGAGCCGCUUCGAGCAGCGCGACUACCGGAGGAGGUGUUUUUGGAGCCGCCACCGCUACCGAUGCCAGUUCCUUCUCCUUUGGCACGAGCAGCGGCAACGCGGCCAGCAGCGCCGGCUCUGGGCUGUUUGGACAAACCACAGCGCCGGCAUUCGGUCAGAGCUCGGGAUUCGGGCAAGGGACCGUGUUCGGAAGCAACACUACCACGUCCUCGUCCACAGGAUUCAGCUUUGGACAGCCGUCAGCUUUCGGCUGCUCUACCGCCGCCCCCGUGUUUGGCCAACAAGCGAGCAGCGGAAGUGUAUUCGGACAGCAGCAGCAGCAGCAGCAGCCGUCGUCUGGUGGCUCCCUGUUUGGGUUGAAUGCAGCCAGCGCGGCGUCGACCGCCGGCGGGGGCUUCUUCACGGGCCUCGGGGGCAAACCGAGCGAAGACGCUGCCAACAAGAACCCGUUUGGAACCAGCGCCCCCACCGGAGGGUUUGGGCAGCCCGCUCAGACGGGUGCCAACACCUUGUUUGGGAGCAGCAGCGCCAAGACCUUUGGCUUCGGACAGUCGUCCUUCGGGGAGCAGAAGGCGAGUGGGACCUUCAGCACCGGUGCGGGGAGCGUUGCGUCCCAGGGAUUCGGCUCCUUCUCUUCUCCAACCAAAACCGGUGGCUUCGGCAGCGCCCCGGUGUUUGGUAGCCCUCCUUCCUUUGGUAGCUCCCAAGCAUUUGGUUCCGCAGCGGCGUUUGGCUCGAGCCCUUCCUUCCCCAACAACAUGGUCCCCUCCGCGGGGAAGGUGUUUGGAGAGGGAACCACGGCCGCCAAUAUGGGAGGAUUUGGGUUUGCCCCGCCCCCCAGCGGCCCGUCUUUCGGCGCUCUGGCCAAUCAGAGCGCUCCGUCGUUCGGCGCCAUGGCCCAACAGGGCUCCGGGUUCGGCACUCAGCCCAGCAGCUUCUCUGGCUUUGGACAGCAGCCACAGGCGGGAGGAUUCUCCGGAAACACAUUUGGAUCUACAAACCAAUCAAGUCCACAGAUUGCCAGUUGGAGAAGCUAGUUUUAGUAAACUCCACCUCACUGCAAUCAAGCUCUCUGUGCCACAUGGUUGGUGAAGGGAUAGGGCGAAGAUUGUGUUUGCAUUUGGGAUAAAUAAAUAACAAUUAAAAGAAAUGCAUGCAUUUUCUUUUCUAGUUUUUAACCAGCUUUUAAAAAGAUUUCAUUAAAAUCAUUCUUUGUCAUAUAAUUCAUGGCUUCUAGUUCAAUCUGUGUCACGCAUUUUUACGUUUUAUUCACUUUUAACCACAGAAAUACACCAACCAUCUUCAGUUUAGUUCUUUCUUUGAAUGUGUUUCCUUUUGCGUCAGGCUGGUUGUGAAUAAAUAUUUUUACAACCAUGUAGAAUUUACCAAAUGAAACAAUCCCAUAUGCUAAACUGUUUGUGGUCAAUGGUGAAUAAAGGUUCUAUAUUCUCUUGAGAUUAUUUUUGCAGUAAAUAUAGCACAUAUUUGGAAAUAAAUAAUUUGUCUCUUCAAAAUUGUAUUUAUUGCAGUUAAUUGCUCAUUUAUAAUGUCUAAUGUGUCUCUUUACAUUCUUUCAUUCAUAUAAAUGAUCUAACGCCUUCAGCAUGCUAGUUUGGAUACAUUAUGUGGCACCCUCGACAUGCAUUGUAACACAAUUUCACAGCACCACGGUUGAAAAACGGCGCAUGGCGGUGCUUAGUAUUCCCUUAAUUCAGAGGAAAAUCAACUGUGAAGGAUAUUCAUGCCAAACAAAAUUCAGCCUAAUUGGAGGUGGCGUGAAGAGCGGCAUG